AUGGCUCUUAUACCGUAUUUGCUCGACGAUUUCCGUCCUCGGCGCCUUCGUGAUGAGCUAUUCGGCUUAGAUUUGUCACCUGAUGACUUUCUGGUGGAUUUGGUUGAACGCCCAGCGAUUUCCAUGCGUAAAUAUCUUCGCCCUUGGAGGAGUUUAGCUGCAGCUGCCAAGGAUGUGGGAUCUACCAUCAAAUAUGACAAAGACAAGUUCCAAAUAAACUUAGAUGUGCAGCAUUUCGACCCGGAAGAAAUUUCUGUCAAGACAUCAGACGGUUACGUUAUCAUCGAAGGAAAGCACGAGGAAAGAAAAGAUGAGCAUGGGUACGUUUCUCGUCAUUUCAAGCGGCGAUAUGCUCUUCCUGAAGGCUGCAACCCUGAAAAUGUGGAGUCGAAGUUGUCUUCGGACGGAGUUUUGACGGUGUCGGCCCUCAAAUCGAUUGAAAACAAAGAUGAGAGAUCGAUUCCAAUAACACAGACAGGACCAGUGAGGAGGAAACCUUGUGAUGAACAGCUGAACGGUGAGGAGGAAAAUGAAGCCAAGCCUCCAGAGAAAAGACGCAAGAAAUGA